AACGAUUGGUGAUGAUAAAAUACAGCAGUAUUUUUGGUCGGCCACUUAGCCUGUUUCGGAGCAGUUGGGUAGGGAUGGGCAACACAAGGGCCUGUUAGUUCUUCUUCGAUCCCGGUUUAGUAAACACGUGUUCCUUCAUAUAAAGAUUUCGAAAAACAAGCUGAAUAGAUUUCGAGAUUUCGGGUGUUUUACAGACUGAUCUUCGAAAGAGCGACAAAUUCGCGGGAGGAAUGACGUACUUUUUACUCGUCGCUUGCAUCGCGUUACUCGGUGCUGUCGAGGAACCGUUCGUUUCAGCCGCACCAUCUACCACCGGCUCCCCCGAAAAGACCACGACCGUUCCCAACGGUGUGAAAUUCGACAGGGAUGCGCAGGACGCGGACAUCAAUAAUAAUCCAGGGUCCGCCUGUCCGUGCUUGACGUCGGUCAAUAGUACGUCGACAAUCCCCGGACAAUCGGACUGGUUGACGCAGCAACGGCGGCAACAUCUCGAGCAGUUCUACUACCAGAACGUCAUGGUGCAUGGUAUGUUGUGCACGUGUAAUUUCGCCAUGCGCGGUGCCCCGAUGCGGGAUGAUUAUCGUUACACCAUGGGUAUGGGUGCCCAUAAGAUACACACGAGGGCCGCCACAUGGAACGAGGCGAGGAAGUUGUGCAACGAGGAGGGCGGCCACCUCGCCAUCAUCAAUUCCAUCGCCGAGGAACACGUACUGCUAGAGAUAUUUAAUCAAUCCGGACCGGUCAUGGGCGCCGCGUAUCCGGACGAGGCCUUCUUGGGUAUACACGAUCUUUACAAGGAGGGUGAGUGGGUCACGUUGUUGGGAGAUUCUCUGGCAAGAACCGGUUACACCAGGUGGAGCGAUAAGUGGGGCGGGCAACCCGACAACGGAGGCGGCAAACAGCACUGCGGCGCUUUAAUGAAAGAGGGUGGCAUGGACGACGUCGCGUGCGACGUCCCAUUUCCAUUCUUCUGUGAACUUCCGCUGAUGCACGCUUUACAUUGAAAAAGAAAGAGCCUCGGCGGUACCGGUCAGGGAUUAAGCAUCGUUCGCAUAAGGUUUACACGCCGUUGCCAUGUGCAACGUCGUAUCGCGACCUUAUUGUAGCUGCAUUAUGCAGACAUCAUCUUCGCGCAAAGGUGUUCUUUUUUAAUACAGAAAGAGUUUUUCCUUUAUUCUCUCUGUGAAACGUGCGAUGUCUCUCUGAGAACUUUGUCCGCCCGAGUUUCUCUUCUCUCUACGAAAGGACACCCGUCGAUGAAAUGUUCAGACCAUUUUUAUGUAUGUUUAAAAGACCUUUUCCCAGAUACUUUUUCUUCAAUUUGUCGAAAUUCUUCAAAAAAAUCUGUCUGUUCCUUUUUCUCCUUUCUUACUUUAACGAGCAAAGUGUAAAUAGAUACACAUUGUCGAUGUUAAAAUUAGCUAUUCUAAUUAAUUACUCGUUUACAACACGGAGUCUUAUUCCACCGAAGCUUAAAAUCUCUGCUGUAAUACAACGAUACUAUUACGCGUUAAAUUACAUCGCGUGAGUUUACAGCAGUUUCGAGAAUAUUGCGUUACAUCAACAAUGUAACCGUUAUAACGCAAUCAUUACGCGAACGAUACUUAAACAUUGACGGCGCAUUUAUUCGCGUUACCACUUCAUACAUGUAUUACAAAUCGGAUCGAUAUCUCUGUCCGAAUUUUUUCCUCUUUACGAUAGCUUUACUCCGUGUGUUAUACACACCGGAAUAUAACUUAUGUACGUAUCGCUGCGAUUUAUGUUUACGAAAAAUAUAGCUUUACAUUUCGGAAAAUAAAGAAUUUAUAGAGAGAGAUUGAGAGAGAGAGAGAGAGAGAAAGUGGAGCAAUGUAAACCGAUAUUGCGAGCGAUGUAAGCCGUCGGUUUGUAUUUAUGGCGCAGUGGUAGAGCUAGAAGUUUUCGAGUUUGAGUUGAAACCCCGCUAAAUUGCACCCGCGUGAAAUUGAGAGGCACGCGGAAAAUGAAGACGAAGCUAAUUUCGGAUGCAGAAAUCGUACUCGUGAAAAUUGUAGCCAUCGAGAGAGAACAGACGUCGAAUACAAGCGGAUGAUAUAAUUUUCGUGUGUUACGUGAAAUCAAUCGAGCGAUCAAUAUUAACGCGAGCGGCAUGCUAAAAUUAUUAUCGAGAUAUGACGUGUACUUUAUAUUAAUGUCCUUAUUUGUUACCAGGAGUGCAUAAAUCAAUAUGUCUUUUAUGUCUUGAUAUAUUUUAGAUAGUACUUUUUAAUACUAAUAACACUUUAUACGAAUGGAAUAAAUGAUACAUUUCUUGA